AUGACUCCAUCAGAAUUACACCCUCGCAAGAGGACAUCAGAAGAUGAUGCAGGUACAAACAAGAGGCUCAAAUUAACAGCAGACAGUGGUACGACUGAUGAUCAUACGGAAGAUUUGAAGUUAAUCCUACCAAAGCCAGUAACUACAAAUCCAGCCCAGUUUGCAGAUCGAAAGAGACACAUUGAAACCAUAGCAAACAUAAUCAAGCUCAAGAGGCCCUCCUUAAAAACGCCUAAAUUGAAGGCAAUAGAGAUUGAAUACGAUAUUGCCAGAAAUACAACACAUCGUACCUACGCAUCUACGUUGAGAAAUGCCAUUUUGAAGCUUCAGCAUCCAGAGAAAUUUCAACUGGGGAACCAAGUAAAGAAACGUUCGCAAGAGGAUGUGUUGAAACUACUAAAGUCAAUAGAGAUUCCAAUACUGAAGUUGAGAAAAUAUGGAUAUGUCAUGUCUGUACCUGAAUCAAUUCCCAAUGCCAAAAUCACUAGAAAUUGUCAGCGAUGCGAUACUGAGUUUAAAUUGAGUCAACAAUUGGAACCUACAACAUGUGAGUUUCAUUAUGGUAAAAUACGACGCAAUCCAGACAAUAAAACAAGAUACUAUGAAUGCUGCUUGGGACCAAAAGAUGAUUGCAAGCCUUGCGACAAGCACAAAUACCAUGUUUAUCAAGAUCAGAGCGUUGAAGAAAAACAGAGUAUGCGUUCAUAUGUAAAGACUGAGGAAAUUUUUGAACAAAAGGGGAAAUAUCGAGUGUUGGGUUUAGAUUGUGAAAUGGGAUACACAACAAAGGGUUUUGAAUUGAUGAGAGUUACCGCUGUUGAUUACUUCACGUUAAAGACAGUCAUGGACACUUAUGUUCUUCCAUUUGGUGAAAUUGUUGACUUCAACACUCGAUUUUCAGGGAUAUCAGCUUUGGACGGAGAUUUUGUCAGUUUCAACCAAAUGAUUCAAGAGCUAGGAACGGUGAUGGACAAAGACACAAUUCUUAUUGGACAUGGGUUGGAAAAUGAUAUGAAUGCAUUGAGGUUGAUUCAUAGUCACAUAAUUGACACCUCAAUACUAUAUCCAAAGUUUGAGAGCACGCCCACUUCCAGAAAGAGCUUAAAAGAUUUGACAUUCAAGUAUUUGAGUAGAAACAUACAAGUUGGUGACCACGAUAGUGCUGAGGACUCUAUAGCUGCUAUCGAGAUUGUUAGAUAUCACGUUGAUAAAGAUGGAUGUGGGAUAAAGCAAAGCACUUGA